AUUAUUUAAUCGCCCAACUACCACUGAUGAAGACAAGUUGGAGUAACUGCUUGAACUGAAUUUUACUGACCAGAAGACAGUCCAUUUGUUCCACUUUUUGUUUUCCCUACUGCUUUGAGCUUUACUGUAACGGCUGAAAAACUUGGAAAAUAAAAUGAACAUGCUGUGGUCUUGAACAUAAUUUUUCUUUUUUUUUGAGGAAAAAUUAAAGUGCCAGACUGAAAGCCAGAAUGGCAUCCAGAGAGAGGCUCUUUGAACUUUGGAUGCUUUAUUGUACAAAGAAAGAUCCAGAUUACCUGAAGCUCUGGUUGGACAGUUUUGUUUCUAGUUAUGAACAGUUCUUAGAUGUUGACUUUGAAAAGUUGCCUACCAGGGUAGAUGAUGUGCCUCCAGGAAUAUCUCUGCUUCCUGAUAAUAUUCUGCAGGUUCUAAGGAUCCAGCUACUACAGUGUGUUCAGAAAAUGGCAGAUGGGUUAGAGGAACAACAGCAAGCUUUGUCAGUUUUGCUUGUCAAGUUCUUCAUUAUUCUUUGCAGAAAUCUAUCUAAUGUGGAAGAAAUUGGGACUUGCUCAUAUAUUAAUCAUGUCAUCACUAUGACAACACUCUAUAUUCAGCAAUUAAAAAGCAAAAAAAAAGAGAAGGAAUUGGCAGAUCAGACAUCUAUUGAAGAAUUUGUGAUCCAUGCAUUGGCGUUUUGUGAAAGUUUAUAUGAUCCAUAUCGGAAUUGGAGGCAUAGAAUUUCAGGACGAAUCCUUAGUACUGUGGAAAAGAGCAGACAGAAAUAUAAACCAGCUUCUCUCACAGUGGAGUUUGUCCCUUUCUUUUAUCAGUGUUUUCAGGAAAGUGAACAUCUCAAGGAAAGUCUUAAGUGUUGCUUAUUGCAUCUCUUUGGAGCCAUUAUAGCCGGUGGGCAGAGGAAUGCUUUGCAAGCAAUUUCUCCAGCCACCAUGGAAGUUCUUAUGAGAGUUUUGGCAGAUUGUGAUUCCUGGGAGGAUGGAAAUCCUGAAGAAGUGGGUAGGAAGGUGGAACUUACUCUGAAGUGCCUUACAGAAGUAGUACAUAUCCUUCUCACUAGCAGCUCUGAUCAGCGUCAGGUGGAAACCAGCACUAUUUUGGAGAACUAUUUUAAAUUGCUAAAUUCAGAUCAUUCAGCUUUACCUAAUCAAAGGAGGUCCAGACAGUGGGAAAGCCGGUUCAUAGCGCUGCAGAUAAAAAUGCUGAAUACCAUCACAGCCAUGUUAGACUGCACUGAUAGGCCUGUUCUUCAGGCCAUUUUUCUUAACAGUAAUUGCUUUGAACAUCUCAUACGACUGUUACAGAAUUGCAAGGUGUUUCAGGGACAAUUGGAUUGUUUGGCUAUAUCAACCAUUCAGGCUUUGACAGCAGUAAUGAACAAAUCUCCAGCUGCUAAGGAAGUAUUUAAAGAAAGAAUUGGUUAUACACAUAUGUUUGAGGUUUUAAAAUCCCUGGGUCAGCCACCACUGGAACUACUUAAAGAACUUAUGAAUAUGGCUGUAGAGGGUGACCACACCUCAGUUGGGAUUUUGGGCAUUAGUAAUGUCCACCCUCUCUUGCUUCUUAUCCAGUGGCUUCCAGAGCUAGAAUCCCAUGAUCUGCAAAUCUUCAUCUCUGAUUGGCUGAAAAGAAUUUGUUGUAUUAAUAGGCAGAGUCGAACUACUUGUGUCAAUGCAAACAUGGGACUUCACAUCAUCAAAACCCUUGAUUCCCAUUCUUCCCUCCAUCGAACUUGUGCGGAGAACUUGAUUGCACUUCAUGGUUCCUUGGGGAGUCAGUCCGUGAGCUCAGAAGAAAUACGUCGACUACUAAGAUUGCUGAGAGUGGAUGAAUCUGAGUAUAUUCACCCUUAUACCACUCCUGUGACUCGAGCAAUUCUGACAAUGGCCCGAAAACAAAGUCUAGAGAGCGCACUGCAGUAUUUUAAUUUGUCACAUAGUAUGGCAGGAAUUUCUGUGCCUUCCAUACAGAAGUGGCCAGGGUCUGCCUUUUCUUUCAAUGCUUGGUUUUGCUUAGAUCAGAAUCAGUUGACUCUUGGCAAUGCUAACAAAGGAGGAAAAAGAAAACAAUUGUACAGCUUCUUUACAGGAAGUGGCAUGGGUUUCGAAGCUUUUAUUACCCAUUCAGGUAUGUUGGUUGUGGCAGUGUGCACAAAAAGAGAAUAUGCUACAGUUAUGCUUCCUGACCACAGUUUCUGUGAUUCCCUCUGGCACAACAUAACCAUUGUUCACAUGCCUGGAAAAAGACCCUUUGGUCAGAGCCUUGUCUAUAUCUAUGACAACGGACAGCAGAAGGUCUCUGCCCCUCUCAGAUUUCCUGCCAUGAAUGAACCUUUUAUUUCCUGCUGCAUUGGUUCAGCUGGGCAAAGAACCACCACUCCUCCACCUUCCCAAAUCCCAGAUCCACCUUUUUCUUCCCCCAUUACCCCUCAUCGGACAUCAUUUGGUGGAAUUUUGUCAUCAGCCUCCUGGGGAGGAACACUUGAAAAAUCAAAAUUGAUUACCAAAUUGAUAUCAGCUGGAACCCAAGAUAGUGAAUGGGGAUGCCCCACAUCUCUGGAGGGUCAGUUAGGGUCUGUUAUCAUCUUCUUUGAAGCACUACAGCCUCCUCAAGUGAAGGCAUUGUAUUUAGCAGGUCCAAACUGUUUAAGCCCUUGGAAGUUUCAGGAGUCUGACAUGGCUGAACUGCCUGGUAACAUCCUUCUUCAUUACACUGCAAAGGCCUGCAAAAAUUCAAUCUGUCUUGAUUUAUCUACUAAUUGUUUGCAUGGAAGAUUAACAGGAAACAAAGUAGUGAACUGGGACAUUAAGGACAUCAUAAACUGCAUAGGUGGAUUAAAUGUACUGUUUCCUCUGUUGGAACAAAUCAGCCACUUUGGUGAAGGACAGAUUUCUGAAGGAAUGAAUGAAAGCACAGUUUCUGAAUUAAUAACGCCUGUAGAAGGAGAUUGGGUCAUAUUGACCUCCACAAAGGCAUCAGAGUCAAGAUUAGAAAGAAAUUUAAUUGCAACAUUUAUCUUGAUUGUGAAACACUUUAUUCAAAGACACCCUAUCAACCAGGACAAUCUUAUUCACUCUCAUGGAGUUGCCACUCUUGGUGCCUUACUUCAGAAGGUGCCAAGCUCCUUGAUGGAUGUUAAUGUACUGAUGGCAAUUCAGUUACUAAUUGAACAGGUAUCAUUAGAGAAAAAUAUACAGCUCCUGCAGCAAAUGUAUCAGUAUUUACUCUUUGACUUCCGUAUUUGGAACCGUGGAGAUUUUCCCUUUCGAAUUGGUCAUAUACAGUAUCUUUCCACCAUCAUCAAAGACAGCAGGAGAGUUUUCCGAAAGAAGUAUGGUGUGCAGUUUCUCCUAGAUACACUUAGGAUUUAUUAUGGGAAUGAUUGUAAAUAUAGUGAGCUGUCUCUAGAUGACGUUCGAACAAUAAGGACUUCUUUGUAUGGACUAAUUAAAUAUUUUCUGUGCAAAGGUGGAACUCAUGAAGAGAUACAGAGUAUUAUGGGUUACAUAGCUGCUAUCAAUGAAGAAGAACAGCUCUUCGGAAUUUUGGAUAUGCUCUUCAGUCUCCUCCGUACCAGCCCCACUAGAGGUCAGCUUUUCUUACUGCUGUUUGAACCAGGAAAUGCUGACAUACUUUAUGCCUUGCUCUUAAAUCAGAAGUACUCUGACAGACUAAGAGAAAUAGUUUUUAAGGUUAUGGAACAAAUGUUGAAAUGCACAAAUGUUUAUGAACGAAGUAAACAACGUAUUCGGCUCCGAGAAGUUGGCUAUUCAGGAUUGGGACUUCUUCUUAAUGAAGCACCCAUUAAUACCUCUCUCAUUAAAAGCCUCAUCAAUCAGAUUAUAAAUACAGAUCCUGCUAUUAAUUUCAAAGAUCUGUUGUCUGUGGUAUAUAUAUCUCACAGAACACAUAUAAAUGUCAGGGUGGUUAUCUGCAGAAAGAUUUUACAGAUUUUGCAGUCCCAGCCAGAUGCAGCACAUCAAAUAUCUCAACAAGUGGGUUGGCAAGACACUUUAGUUAGGCUUUUUUUAAAAACAAAUUUUGAAAAUGGAAAUACUCUCCAUAAGCACAGUAGGGCUGUUUCAAUGAAAGACAGUGAUAAAAAUUUCUCAGCUGAAGAUAUUAAGAGGAACUUUGAUGAAAAGAUCGAUGAGGAAAAAAUCAACUCUUUUGCCUCAGCUAAUGUGUCUUCAGAUCAGUGGAGUUUAGAGGAUAGACACUCUCUAGACUCACACACACCAUUAUUUCAAGAAGAUAGUUCUGUGGGAGAAUUAUCUUUCAAAUCAGAGAAUCAAGAAGAAUUCUGGAAUAAUAACCCUUCACAUUUGAGUUUAGAUCUCAGUGGAAUAGACUCAUGUGAACUGAGUGACAGUGGAAGUCACAUGCCAGACAGCCUGCCUAGCACGCCAUCCCCAAUAGAAUCUACUAAAUCAUUUUCUGUGCAGUCUGACAAAGAGAGCAGUGUCAUAAGUGAUCCAGGGUUUGGUGAUGACUUCUCUUUACUUGAAAGCCAAGAGAGAUGUGAGGAGGAGCUUCUUCAAUUACUGACAAAUAUUUUGAACUAUGUAAUGUGUAAGGGACUAGAAAAGUCUGAUAAUGGUACUUGGAUUGAACGGGGGCAAGUGUUUUCAGCACUAACUAAACCAGGAAUAUCCAGUGAAUUACUUCGACCCUCAGAUGAAAUAAAAUUAAUUUUGCUACAGAACAUGUUAGAAUGGACAGUCACAGAAAACAGAGAAUCAAAAACAAAUCCAGUAACUGCUGAAAAUGCCUCCCGACUCAUCCUGAUCAUACAGGACUUUCUGCAGUCAGAGGGCCUUGUUAAUUCAAACAUGUGGAAUGAGAAGCUUUUAGACAAUCUGAUGCUACUCUUCGAUGGUCUGUCAGUUUGGUAUUCUGAAGGUCAAGUAUGGGCAAAACUGCCUCAAAUUCAAAUCCAGUUGCUUCUAGGAUUCAUUGGAAGGGGAAAUUUGCAGGUUUGUGCAAUGGCAUCAGCUAAGCUAAACACCCUUCUUCAAACCAAAGUGAUUGAAAAUCAGAAUGAAGCAUGUUACAUUUUAGGGAAGCUGGAACAUGUUCUAAGUCAGUCAAUUAAGGAACAGACUGAAAUCUACUCAUUUCUGAUUCCCCUGGUCCGUACCCUGGUUUCCAAAAUCUAUGAGCUUCUCUUCAUGAACUUGCACCUGCCUUCUUUACCUUUUACCAAUGGUAGCUCUUCAUUUUUUGAAGAUUUUCAAGAGUAUUGCAGUUCAAAUGAAUGGCAAGUUUACAUCGAAAAAUAUAUCGUGCCUUACAUGAAGCAGUAUGAAAUCCAUACAUUUUAUGAGGGUCAUGAGGACAUGGCACUUUAUUGGAAGAAUUGUUAUGAAGCCUUAAUGGUGAAUAUGCAUAAACGAGACCGGGAAGGAGGAGAAAGCAAGCUUAAGUUUCAGGAGUUUUUUGUGGAACCAUUUAAUAGAAAAGCCCGCCAAGAGAACCUGAGGUAUAAUAAUACACUUAAACAACUUAGCAAUCAACAGUUAAUCACUCUGAGACGCUGGAAGGCAGUACAGCUCUAUCUUACAUCUGAAAGGGGACCUUGGGCUGAAAGAAAACAAAACCCAAUUCACUGGAAACUAGCUAACGUAGAAAAUUAUUCCCGCAUGAGACUUAAAUUGGUGCCAAAUUAUAACUUCAAAACUCAUGAAGACGCUAGUGCUUUGAGAGAUAAUCUAGGCGUCCAACACUCACAGCCUUCCAGUGAUUCAUUGCUUUUGGAAGUAGUGAAACAAGUAAAAGUUAGCAAUAUGGAGGAGGAUAAAUUAGACCUUCCUGAAGAAGACUUAACAGCCAGAGUAAAUAUUGAUGAGAAAGAAGAACAGGAUCAAAAAGAAAAAUUGGUGUUGUCGGAAGACUGUGAACUCAUUACAAUAAUUGAUGUAAUUCCUGGCAAAUUAGAAAUCACUACUCAACACAUUUACUUCUAUGAUUGCAGCAUUGAAAAAGAAGAUGGAGUAGGCUUUGAUUUCAAGUGGCCUCAUUCUCAAGUUCGAGAGAUUCAUCUGCGGCGUUACAAUUUAAGGAGGUCAGCUCUUGAGAUUUUUCAUGUUGACCAAUCCAACUACUUUCUCAAUUUCAAAAAAGAGGUUAGAAACAAAGUAUAUAGCAGACUGUUGUCACUUCAUUCUCCGAAUAGUUAUGGAACCAGAUCACCACAGGAAUUAUUCAAAGCAUCAGGAUUGACACAG